AUGUGCUAUUGCUAAUGCUAUUGUACUUCGCUCGCAUUUUGCGCUUACCAAUGAUUAUUAUUAGUUUCUUUUUAAGCCAAAGUGCUUUAAUCUAAUAAUUGUAUAUGAUACAUUAGCUUCUGCCCGACGCACAAUGGAAACCAGCGAAAGUGAAGAUAAUCUAGAUAUUUUGCAGUCUUCGCCAAGACUGGGAUUAUGCGAAGUGUGCAACGCUGUACAGGCCAAAUAUACUUGCCCAAAGUGCGAAGUCAAAAGCUGUUGCCUGAAAUGUCUCAACAUCCAUAAAAAGGAGCUUAACUGCGAUGGAAUUCGUGAUCGAACCAAAUAUAUCGCGCUUAGAAAGAUGACUAAAAUGGAUAUGAUGAGCGACUACUACUUCCUGGAGGAGGCAACCAGAUUUGUAGAUGAUAGGAAGCGAGAUAAAACGAAGCGGUUUACACGCUACAACAAAACUUUACCACCACCGCUGUUUCGAAUGCGGUGCGCCGCGCGGGAUCGCGGCACGACUCUGAAAUUCUUAUUGCAAAAUUUUACGCGACAUCAGCGUAAUACUAGUCAGCUGAAUUUCAAAACUGCGGUUAUACACUGGCGAGUCGAAUGGUGUUUUCCCAAUGCUGAAGGAUUAGUAUUCGUCGAUGAGCGCUGCGAUGAAAACGAUAAACUGUAUGCUUUAUUGAGCAAAUAUCUUGACACGGGAACGUCGGAAGAUCUACCCUGCAAGAACAAACUUGAAUUUUAUCAGUCACGCGACUUAAACCAUUUACGAGUUCUGCUCAAAGCGGAAGGUGUUAAACGAUGCAAAAAUCGUUAUUUUGAGCUAAAACCAAAUUUAUCUUUAAAAGAUAAUCUGAGGGGUAAAACUAUCGUCGAGUAUCCAUUGAUAUAUGUAAUUUUUGAAGAAACCUCCGACGGCUUUGAUAUCAUCGAAUCUGAUGACGAUGUCGAAGCGGAAACAAAAACCUAUCAAAACUAUUUGGAUCAGCAGUAUGGCCAGCGAUCCUAUCCAUACAAACAUGUGACGCGACAGCAGCAACAGGCACAGAUGCAGGAAACUAAACUACUGAAGGGCAUCGACAGGUUGGAGAUCGACCGAAAACGCGAGGAGCGUCGAAAGAAGAAGCAGACCGCUGAAAAAGAACCAGUGAAUUUACUUUUUAGCGACGAAAAUUUGUGGAAACAGUACUCGUCCGAUUCGGACGGUGUAGUUACCGAGGAGGAAAUGGAUGCUGAUCAGGAUGAGGUGGAGUUUUCACCGAAAAGAAUUAAAUUGAGUAUGAAAUAGAAGG